AUGAGUGAGAGAAAGAAUGUGUUUCUGAGGGAAGAUUUUGAUCCACUGAUAGCACUGUUUGGAUCUGUUGAUAAGAAUAAUAAUAAUAACAGUGUUACUGAUGCUGAUGAUGAUGUGAUGAUCCCACCAAUAUCUAAUAUCAAGCCAUACAAGACAUUUGAUGCAAUUAAUUUAGAUCAAUUAUUGUUGAAGAACAAGCCAAAACAGCAAAAGCAGAAACAACAGAUCAACAAGGAAGAGAAGAAGGAAUCUUGUGUUGUGGUGGAUCGUGAUGAUCAAAUUGUUGCAGCCGGCAGUUCAUCUUCAUCAUCUUUGUCAUCAUCAGAACAGAAGCAAUCGAGUGAUGAGUCCAUUGUUAAAUCUAACCUUCCAGAUGUGAAGGAUUUGCCAACAUUGGCCCAUAAGGAUACAUACAGAGGUUUUCUAGAACACAAGUAUGGCCAAGCAUCUGUAUCCUCUUCCCAACAUUCAUUCGGUUUGUUAUAUCAGGCAGUGAUGGAGAAGAAGAGAGUUGGUGUCAUGGUUAAAACUAGACAUGGACACAGCAAGUUAGAAGGAGUAUUAUCUGGUUUUGAUAAGUUUUUCAAUAUGAUACUAUUAGAUGUGAAGGAAAAUUACAAGGAAUUGGAAAUUAGAUUUAAAAAACAAAAGACAUUGGAUAGGGAAAGAGGAAUAAUGAUUCCAUCCACCACCACCACCACCACUACCACAAAGAAGAAGAAUAGUCGUAACAGAAAGAGAAGAGUGAGAUGUCUUGUUGAGAAGGAGAGGGAAUUUCCCUUGCUAUUCGUUAAGGGUUGCCAAGUAAUUUCAGUGAUGAGCAUACCAGGGAAAUGAUAAAGAGAGAGUGCUCAUCUGUUUGUUGAUGACCACCCGAAUAGCAUACUGGAUGGGAGGAAAUUUUUUUAAAAACAAAAUUGAAGACUAGGAUAGUGCAGAGGUUAGCAUGUCGGGUUCCCAUCCCGAAGACAUGGGUUCAAAUCCCGUUCCUGGUAAAGUCAUUUUGCUUAGUAUAUUGAGAACAAUUUUUAAGGAUUUCAUAAUAUUAGGAUGGACAAUUUUGCAUUCUCAUUAUAACAAAUUAUUUUCAAUAUUGAAAAUCAUUAAUGGAUUGGAAAUUCUCUCCAUUUUAUCAUACAGUAAACAACAUAAUUCUUGUUC